UCUCUCUCUCUCUCUCUGGCUUUCCGCAACACAAUUUUGUUUUUUCGUCUUUGUCUUUCUGAUCCCUCAAUCCUUGGUUGUUUGUCCCCUCUUCCAAACCCAAAGUCUUCUUUAUUAUUUGAUUAAUUUCUCACUAUAGAAAAAGUUGAAUACAUUUGCUUGUUCUUACAUGGUUGUGUUAUCGAUCAAUAAAUAAGCUUCCAUAAUGCUUUUGAAAUUAGGGUUUCGAUUUGUUCCCGGUAAUUGAAGAUUUAGGGUUUGUAUUAUCGAAUGAUGUAGUCCAAGAAAGUGGUUCGUGAUUCUUCUUCUUUAGGCUUUUAUUGAUUCCCACUUUUUUUCCUUUCUUUCUUGGGAUUGUAAUUAUCCUUUGGGUUUGUUUGGGUGUGUAAUUGAGGUGGAUCGAUGUUUUCGCAAUCGGUUGGCUUGUUAGUUUUGCUGAAUUUGAGGAAUUUUGGGGCUGGAUUGCUUGGUGAGUUUGGUUUUUAAUCCCAAUUGAUGCUGAAUUGGGUGGAAAUCUGAGCACAAAUAGUUGAUUACAUUGGUUUAUUUGUGGAAAGUUGAUUGAGGAGGAAUAUUGAAUCAUGGAUCAUGUUGUCGGUGGGAAGUUUAAGCUGGGGAGAAAAAUUGGGAGUGGGUCUUUUGGUGAGCUUUAUUUAGGUGUUAAUAUACAAAGUGGAGAAGAAGUCGCCAUUAAGCUGGAAUCUGUCAAGACUAAGCACCCUCAACUACACUAUGAGUCAAAAAUAUAUAUGCUUCUUCAAGGAGGAACUGGGAUUCCCAACCUCAAAUGGUUUGGAGUUGAGGUUGAAUAUAAUGUCAUGGUUAUUGACCUUCUUGGACCGAGUUUGGAAGACCUAUUCAACUAUUGCAACAGAACUUUCUCUUUAAAAACUGUUCUAAUGCUUGCAGAUCAAUUAAUUAAUAGAGUUGAAUACAUGCAUUCAAGAGGAUUUCUUCACCGCGAUAUAAAACCGGACAACUUUUUAAUGGGCCUAGGUCGUAAAGCUAAUCAGGUAUAUGUCAUUGACUUCGGCCUUGCUAAGAAGUAUAGGGAUCUUCAGACUCAUAAGCACAUACCAUACAGGGAAAACAAGAAUCUUACAGGAACAGCUCGCUAUGCUAGUGUGAACACACACCUAGGCGUUGAACAAAGCAGAAGGGAUGAUCUAGAGUCGCUUGGCUACGUGCUUAUGUAUCUUCUAAGAGGAAGUCUUCCCUGGCAGGGAUUGAAGGCUGGCACCAAAAAACAGAAAUAUGAUAAGAUCAGCGAAAAGAAAAUGCUAACACCAGUUGAGGUGCUAUGCAGAUCAUACCCAUCAGAGUUCAUAUCUUAUUUUCACUAUUGCCGAUCUUUACGAUUUGAAGACAAACCAGAUUAUUCAUAUUUGAAGAGGCUUUUCAGGGACUUAUUUAUUCGUGAAGGCUACCAAUUUGACUAUGUGUUUGAUUGGACUAUAUUGAAGUAUCCUCAGAUUGGUGCCAGUUCAAGAGGACGAAAUCCCAAUGCAGGGCCAUCUGCCGAAAGACCAGGAAGGACAUCAGUGGGCCAAGACAUUCGAGAUAGAUUCUCAGGUGCUGUUGAAGCAUUUUCAAGGAGAAAUGCUUUGGGCACAGGACGACACGGUGAGCACUCCAGACAAAAGCUAUCAGAGGAUAUACCUUCAUCCAAGGAUGUGCAACCUGAUUCAGAAAAGGGCCAAACUUCUCGAAAUGGCAACUCUUCAAAGAGAGCAGCCAUGUCAAGCAGCAGACCAAGCUCCUCCGGUGAAGUCACUGAUGGCCGCUCAAGUCGCCUAGUUUCAAGCAGUGGCCGCUUGUCUUCUGCGCAAAGAAACCUACCCGGGGUUGAAUCCAAACCAUCUGUUUUUUCUCGUACUGCUGUCACAAAGGGCACUCGUGAUGACCCUCUUCGUAGCUUUGAGUUCCUGUCAAUUCGGAAGUGAAGUGAUGGGUCGCAUGGCAAAAGAAUUAUCAGUUGCUCAUCAAGACAAAUACCGUUCUGUUCGAGUAAACCCCUCUGCAUUAUCUUACUCUUGUAAAUUGUAAAUCUGUCUUUACGUCAAAUGUUGUGUGAUUUACAAUGAUAUCUCCUGUCUUGUUUUUGUUCCGAGUUUCUGGCUAUUGUAACGCACUUUUGGACUUGUCCAAAAGUUGAUGAGUUCUAUCUAUGUAUGGAAACCUUUCGUAAAUGUACGAGACUCGUGUAGCUUAAAUGCAGUAGUCUAUUUAUGCCAUCGUAAG